GCCAGAGCUGCGCAUGCGCGACACACACGUGAGACACCAAAACGGAUUUAAAACUGUUUUUUUCUGCGUGUUUUUUGCGUAUUAUCUUCAGAUUUUUCUGUUUGAUCUGCUGCGUGGAGAGGCUCUACAUCUACGUCUACGUCUACAGUCACUUAUAAGAGGGAUGUCGUGUUUUGCUGGAGACCCAAACUUCUGCCCUGAGUGUGGCACAGUGCUCCCUCUGCCGGGCAUACAGGACAUAGUGCGCUGUCCCCGCUGCUCCUUUAGCAUCCCGGUCAAAGAGUUUUCAGGCAGAGAGAUCCGCUCCACUGUGGUGUUCAACCCAGAGAAGUCCAGUGUGGCUCUGGAGGAGGACGAGGACUCAGAGCUCAAGGGACCUGUGAUCGACCGGCGCUGUUCUCGAUGUAACAAAGAAGGGAUGGUUUACCACACCAGACAAAUGCGCUCGGCCGAUGAGGGACAGACUGUGUUCUUCACCUGUAUUCACUGCAGAUACCAGGAGAAGGAAGACUCAUGAGAAGACCUUUUAUUAUUAUUUUUAUUUUGGCAUCAGCUGUCACCAUUAUAUGUAAAUAAGACACAUGCAUUUCAGUUACUGUAAAAUACCAAAUAAUAAACGCCGGGUGUAUGUUUUGAUAAAUAAUUGUUGGUUCCAAAUAAAUGCUGACAAAGAAACAAAUCAAGGAAGAAGAUGUGACCACUGACGCUGCACGUUUGACUCGGAAUGAAUAAGUUAAAAGAAUUUGGGUACCAUAUUUUCCCAGUUUCGCUGAGCAAGAUUAGCCAGGUUGGCGCCACCUAGAGCCUCUGCUCAAUUUAAUUUCUCUCCAGCGACUAGAUCAGGAAUCAAAACACAAUAGAUACAUAUAGAGACAUAUAUUCUGUAUUGUUUACGUUUCCCAAGAUUGAGGAUUUAAAGCUGGAACAAAGAGAAUGUUUGGUGAAUUUUAUCAAGGGAAAGACGUUAUUGUUCUUCUUCCUACGGAUUUGGUGCAUUACAUACGUCACGACCAAACAGCAGCGAUUGGUUAAAUAAAAAAGUACCCUCCUACUGUCGAGCGAACGAAUCACUGCGAGGUCAGACGUUUGUACGAAGUGAAAUGAAGUAAAACUGGCUAGAGCAAGAUUUUUGUGAGGAAGAAAUGAAUCGCCUGGUCUCAAAUAAUUGCCUGGUCUGAGAAGUGAUUCAAACAAAUAAACGCCCUGGUUAUUAUUUGAUAUUUUACGGUAGUUUACAAGCGCUUUUCACAACUUUCAGAGACCAGAGCGGAGUUUUUUAGUGAUAACUAGCAUGUUAACAGCGUAUUUCCUGAUGUGGCAGACUAAUUUUGCCAGACAGAUCUAGUACAGGACCUUUAACUGAUCAGAAAAUAGAUAAUAUUGUAAAUGUUGUCAAAAUCUGAAUAUUUAAUGUAUCGGUCCAAAUAAAAAAGCAAAUAAAAAUAAGAAACUGAUAAAACUUUCAAAUAAGGGUUUUGAGUUCCAUCUAAUUUUGACUCGUCCUUUGGUGAUUGGAAGGACUUAGGGAUACACUGUAUUUGAGAUUUGUAUAUUAAUGGCACUUUUGCCUCUUUUGCACAAUUAAAAGGAAGUAUAAUCUACAUGGCAAUAUUUUUUUUAGAUAUUUACAGAUCAGGGAUUAUGCACGGAAACUUCUGACAUCUUCUUGAAACAGAGCAACAGUCUCCAACUGAUGAUUACUUAAAUACUUCUCGAGAUGAAUUCAAAUUAUUUCUUGUAUAUAUAACAAAUUAUCAACAAUUUCCUUUCCAUCCUCCAACAAAUACAAAGAAAGUUGUAAACAUCUGGGAAGACUGCCUUGAAUCUAUACAUUUAUGCUCCAAUAAUGCAAAACACUGUCUCAUACAACUCAAAAUUAUACAUAGACUUCACUAUUCAAAAGUGAAAAUCCAUAAUAUUUCCCCAGUGUCUCUUCAGCUUGUGAUAAAUGUCAGUCCUUCGAUGCAGCGCUGUAGCAUGCAUUUGUCUCGUGUCCAAAAGUGGCCGCCUACUGGUCUGAUGUGUUUGAUACAAUAUCGCAGAUUGUUAAAAUGACAUUAUUGCCAGAACCUUUGUUUAUUAUCCUUGGUACAUCAGAAGUAUUUAAUAAUAUGACAUCAGACCAAAAGCAGUUCAUUUCUUAUUGUUUUAUUAAUGCAAAGAAAUUAGUCUUAAUGUCAUGAAAGGGGCCGUCAGUUCCAAGCUCUAAAAUGUGACUACGAGACCUUGUCAUCUAGAGACAAUACGAUAUUUGUUAAAGGAUAAACUACUGUCAGGCUGUUAGGUUUGUUCUCAGUUUUGUGAGAUUAAUUUUUAUUUUUACUUUUAUAUAUUAAAAAGUAUUGAGUGCUGUUGAUCCUGUACAAUUUGAGUUAUACUGUUUUUGGCUCAAUAAAAAUCCAUCCAUCCAG